CAAUGGGUCCGCGGUCACACUCUUUGUAUCAUUCAUCCACAAUUUUCGUACAGUUGUUUUUUUCGAUCAGGAAAGAAACGUCUUUUGAAUUAUAAAAAUAAUUCCACUUGCGAUACUUUAAUUUAAAAUGGCUCGUACUAAGCAAACAGCUCGCAAGUCCACUGGUGGAAAGGCUCCACGCAAGCAGCUGGCCACCAAGGCUGCCCGUAAAUCCGCCCCAUCCACUGGUGGCGUAAAGAAGCCACAUCGCUACCGUCCAGGUACUGUGGCGCUGCGUGAGAUCCGUCGCUACCAAAAGAGCACAGAGCUGCUCAUUCGCAAGCUUCCAUUCCAGCGCUUGGUGCGUGAAAUAGCCCAGGAUUUCAAGACUGAUUUGCGUUUCCAGUCUGCCGCCAUUGGCGCUUUGCAGGAGGCUUCUGAAGCGUAUUUGGUGGGUUUGUUCGAAGACACCAACUUGUGCGCCAUUCACGCUAAGCGAGUUACAAUCAUGCCAAAAGAUAUCCAGCUGGCUAGGCGUAUCCGCGGCGAGCGCGCCUAAAUGCGUCAUCCGCCAUUUUUGAUUAUAAAAGCGGUGACGGCGGCGACGAAGGUAGAAGAAUCAGUCCUGGAGCCGACAGCCGCCGAUGCCGCAUAGUUUGUCUAAGAUAUGUCAAUACUUAUCUAUAAGUAAAGAUCGGAAGGAGAAAUAAUAAGAAAUGUACUUCUUUUUUUUUUGAAAAACUGCUCCAC